GCGGGGAUGAAGGCGAUGAUUUCCGCGCUGUCUGUACAAGACAUCUGGACAGGCAUCACCAAUUACUUCUCUCGCUGUUUUUUCUAUACUUAGUCAUCAUAUAUUUCGGUACACCUGUUGAAUUUCUUUUUUAUCAUGGACGAUCUACUGGCAAGGCACCGCAAGGAGCAGAGAGACCUCCAGGGCCGCAUCACGCAGAAGAAGAAGGCGGCCACCAAGAAGACACGAAAGGGUAUCAACGAUGAAUGCGAACGCCUUUUGAAGGAAUUGUCAGAGAAACAACAAACGGAGAUCCUCCAGCUCAAUGGCGAUGAGCCGCCUGUACCAGAGCUGGACGAUCUCAGUCUGCAAGAUGACUCGGUAACGGCCACCGAAACCAACGACAACACAGAAUCGAACCCCCCUCCGACGACGACGACGACGACGACGACGAGUAAUGAAACGCCGCAAGAAACAACAGAGAAUGCAGCUCGUACCAAGAAACCGAAUCGACAGAAAGCCCGUCUAGCUCGACGGGCCGCCGAGCAAGUAGCGCUGGCAGAGAUAGCGGCCGAGGAGGCAUCGAAGCAGACCGACCACCGGGGAAACGAACGGGAGGUGAUGAGCGAGGUGUUUACCCGGCUACAUCUGACCGAGAUCGAGAUCAACCCAGACGGACACUGUCUGUAUUCCGCGGUGGCCAAGCAACUGGAUGCAUCAGGACUGGGAUUGCGGCCCGACCCCGACCGGAUCCUCCUGCAACCGACAACGCAGUCUCGGAUCGACACGGUGACGUCUCCGACGCACGAUGGCUACCGGGCUGUUCGUGCGGUCACCGCAGACUUCAUUGUGGGGAACAAGGAUGAUUUUGUGCCGUUCAUGGAGGAGCCACUGGACGAAUACACGCAGAAGAUCCGGCUGACGGCCGAGUGGGGGGGGCAGCUCGAACUCCAGGCGAUCGCGAGGGCCUACGGGGUCGAUAUCAAUGUCAUCCAGGGCGACGGACGGAUCGAGAAGAUCGAGUCUGGCGACGGCGACAGUUUCGACGAGGAGGAAAAGCGCCGGCGAGUCAUUUGGUUGGCGUAUUACCGCCACUCCUACGGGCUGGGCGAGCAUUACAACGCUCUUGUCAAGAAGUAACCUUACAUCAUAUCUCCAGAACAACCAGCCUUGCCUUUUUCUGAGCAGCGAUGACAUUCUCAAAAACAUAAUAGACUUGGCAUAUUGUGAAGGCUAUACUUUCAUCCUCGGCAUGAAUCCACUCGCGUUUAAGCACUAGCCGGUCAACAUCAAGAUUCAAAGAUUCAGGAAUCACGUCAGUGAUAUUUAUUAUCUUAUCGAUAAGAUAUGAGUAACUAUUAUGGUAGUUACAACGUUGUGUUAUAGUACAACUUGUAGUUAAUCUGUACUCCGUAGUUACUCUGUACAACUAUCUAUCCAAUCCCUUCAAUCUAGACUGCUAGAUCUCAAU